AUGAAGCGCGCUGGCGCCCUGAUCUGGCGCCUGGGCGGCUGGAUCGCAUCCUCGAUCCCCGGCGAGGGCCGAGGCCGGCCCGCGUUCGCCGUGUCUCGCCUGUGCUCGCUGUGGGAGUUCGGCGCAGCACACAUGCGGCCGAUGUCGGCCGCGGCGGGCUGGCGGGCCGGUGGGCCGGCAGGGACGAUGGCGGAGGGGAGGGUUAAGGGCCCGACGGGGGCAGAGGGGGGUGCGCUGGAGGGCGGUUGGGCGGGGAGGAGGGGAAUCUUCGCGGGGCCGUCCGACACAGCCAGGCAGCACAAGGAGAGGCGACUUCUGGGGUAUUCUCAAAAGCAGCUGUUUAAAGUGGUGUCCUCUGUGGAGCACUACCAUAAGUUUGUGCCUUGGUGCGUGGCCUCAAGGGUGAUUACCAGGAAAAGCCCAACGUACCUGGAGGCUGAGCUAGAAGUGGGCUUUCAGCUGUUCGUUGAAAGGUACAUAUCGAAGGUCGUCCUGGAAUGCCCCACUAUGGUGCGCACAUCCACAGAGGCCAGCACCCUUUUCCACCAUCUGGAGAGCGUGUGGGAAAUGAAACCUGGACCUACGCCUAACACCUGCUGGCUGUCAUUUGAAGUGGAUUUCGCUUUCAGAUCGCCUCUUUAUCGACAGGUGGCCACUGUCUUCUUUGAGGAAGUCGUCGAGCAUAUGAUCUCCUCCUUUGAGGGACGCUGCCAGGUGCUGUACGGCCCAUCCUCCCUGUCAAAAAACCGGGAUAGCAACGGCUCGCUGCAGCGGGUCGUUGCGUAA